GGCCUGUUUUCCUAUUCUUCUUUUUCUCUUCCAUUUGUCAUUUUCUGCAAUUCGCGUACUUUCUUGCGCCUUAUAUCCCUCCAGCCGACCACAUCACGCUCUUUUAACGCCCACUCUCUUUUACUGCAUAUCUCAACGAGAUAAACGAAAAAGAAAAACGUCCGUUAGAUUUACAACUUCACGACACGUCAAAGAACUACCACGAUGCUCGCUGCUUUUGCCCUUGCCGUUUUACCUCUGCUCUCAUCCGUCAUUGCUAUUGAUGGAUGCACCCGAAAUGCCACUGUGCAGUCUGGUGACACUUGUGACUCCAUUUCUCGUCAAUACGGCGUUUCCACCUAUCAGCUUGCUCUUGUGAAUGAUGCCACUAUCGAUGAGAACUGCGACAACUUAACUCCCGACGAAACUGUUUGCCUCGGUAUUGAAGGGCAAGACUGCACGAAGGUCUACACCGUUGUUGCCAACGAUACCUGCGCAUGGGUACAGGAGAUGUACGGUAUCAGCAACGAAACCCUCUACGCCAACAAUCCCCAGAUCGACGCCGAUUGCGAGAACAUCUACGUCGGCGAGGUCCUCUGUGUUGACACUGACGCUUUUUCUUACCCCUCUUACAAUGAGUCUCUUUACAACGCCCUCGCUUGGACCUACCUUCCUUACUGCGAUGAGUAAAAGGUCAAACUUACUCUAGUAUUCUCUCAAAGCCCUUGUACCGUUCCGACGUACAGCUUUGUAUUUCAUCUUAUUUGCUUAUUAUUUAGUUUGUUCUUCAUACCCUACGCUCACCUGCAAUCUCCUUCCUCAUGUAAUGAGGACAAUGUAGCUAUAAGGAGGCAUCUUUUUGUUUUGCAUACCCGAUUUUGUGAAGAAUAACGAUGAACGGACACUCUGGGAGUAUCUAUAAGUCGUAGAGGCACUAGAAUUGAUGAAUGUCUUGAUGUUUUUUCAUAACGC